UAAUGAAUUCUGUUUUUGGCGGGAAGAGUUUGUUUACAUGGUGGAGGAGGAAGGUAACGAGGCCAUGAAGACUAACACUAAUUACCACCUUAUUACUGAGUUAAUUACCAAGAAUAUCAAAGGUUAUUACACUGGCCAAGUGAAACAAGCACAACAGAGUCUAUACGCCUGGGGUUUUAAGUGUUAUCGGAGCGACGAGUAUGAGGGGAUUGCAGCCGAUGUUCCUGGCGGCUUCUCUCAGGGUGCAGCGGAACCUCCCAUUUAUGUGUGUAAAUUCGGAGCGGGUGCGAAUUACGGCCACAUAUUGGUGUUAGCGAACGAGGAUGGCCAGAUUGGAUUGAGGGACACUCGGAAGAUUGGUCCCGUGUCCCCCGUACCAGGCCAACAGAUCCACGACAACGCCAUCUUUGACGUGUGCUGGGUGCCCGGCGCGGCUGAAUUGGUGUCGGUGUCGGGCGAUCAGAAAACUGCUGUGUUGUCUGUACGAGAGGACGGCACUCUGGACGCAACGCUCGCUCUGAUUGGUCACACGAGAUCCGUCAAGACUGUACAUGUUAAUCCCUACGACCCUUGUGUGAUAGCAACAGGAGCUCGAGACGGCAAUGUUAUAAUCUGGGACAAACGCUGUAAACCUUACCACAAGGCUGAUGAAAUAGCUCCAGCCCACCAUAGUAUUGCCAACAGAAGCGUAGCGUCUCCGAGCUUCCGUAAAGGCGCGGUGACGGCGGCGGCCAACGCGGCGGUGAACAACAGUGUGACCGGUGUCGUCUUCCAGAAACAACACGUCGUUAUAUCGUCUGGAGCUUCCGAUGGGCUAAUCAAACUGUGGGAUCUCCGCAAGACUCACGGAGGAGGACGACGCGGCCCCCAGUGUCAGAGUUUCCUGGAGCACAGCGGGCGGUCGUCACACAAGGGGUACACAGCUCUCUCUGUCUCUCCAGCUAGGGACGUUCUCUACGCCUCCUGUAUGGAUAAUGUGAUCUACGCUUACCACCUGGCUAAUCCGACCCCGAAGCCAGUCGCUGAAUACACAGGCCACAAGAACCUGACGUAUUUUGUCAAGUCAUGCAUCAGUCCCUGCGGCUCGUAUAUACUGAGCGGCUCCAGCGAUAACUCGGCUUAUAUAUGGUUGACUGAUCGCCCGGGGAACCCCAUAGCAAGACUCUCGGGACAUUUUGCCGAGGUUUCGUCCGUCAGUUGGUGUCCCGAGGAUGAUGGGAAGCUGGUAACCUGCGCCGACGACAUGAAAGUCCGCAUCUUCCGGCGGAAAAACUGCGACAUGGACGACUUCGACGAGAAAAUAAACAUCCGGGGAACAUCCGAGCCGUACGGAGAGGAACGCGGCGACGGGGAGACCGGCGGUGUGGCGGUGAGUCGAGAGAGAGUGCUGUCAGAGUGCCAGGAGUCACUACCCCCGCGGCCCGUCACCCCGAGCACGUCCGGGAUACGACCGCCCGUCACCCCGUCCAGCACCAGAGGACGGGGCGGUCCGGGGGCGUCGGGUAAUUCUCAGACGCCCCGGAACAGGAAAGGGGGUAAGACCACCCCGUGUACCCCUAAGACCAACGAGCGUAACACGUUACUCCAGUGGCUGUCGCUGGCCAAGACCCCCGGGUCCCAGGACUCUCCCAGGACGGCCGUCAGCGAGACCAAGAAGGCCGGUCUGAAGCGUAAACUGACCGACCUCAUCCGCGAAGACCAGGAGAACGUCAAGACGGAGACCGAGCCCAAGUCUCCGAACUACGGUAAGAAAAAUGUCCUUUGUUCCGCGGCCGACUCGACCAACCGGCUCUCCCCGCCGCCGAGUGCCGCCAAGAUGCUCAAGUACGGCGACGACUCGGACGCGUCUCCGGGCCGUCGGGAGAAGGAGAACGACGGAGAAGUGACAGACAGCGUGGAGCCCAUCGAGGCCCGAGACAAGGUGGUACUCGGGAACGGCUUCAGGACCCCGGUGACGAACGUUUCCUCCAGACUUGCGGAGAAGAACGCGGUCGGCGGCGACGCGAAAAAUGAUGCGGUCGUUAAAUUGCCGGAUCCCCUCGUUAGUAAACAGACCGUUUCCCCUCCCGAGCCAUUUAAAUUCGGACGUCUCUCGUCCCCGACGGCAAACCUACCCAACUUUAUCGUAGACGGGCGUUCCCCACACAGCCGACCAGAGACCAGAGUCGAAAAGAAACGCAACACCGACUGGCUUACGUCCCUCGGCCACCAGAGGAAACUAAAAUUCACGAGAACGCCGGACAAAGUCGUUAAAGAGGUAGCCACGCCAUUAGGCUCGUCCCCACACAAACACACCGAGAGGAAGAAGGUCUUACAGAUCAAACACAAAAAAGACUCGACCUCAGACGCCACAAAGGUUCCGUCGCUGGUAAACGAUUCGUCUCGCUCGGACACAAACGUCAACUAGAUCAAGAAUUACAACGUCGGCUGUAAAUACCAAAGGUCCAUAGUCACUGUAGCUGUAGUUCCUGUAACCUGUACCUGUACCAUAGCUGUAACCUGUACCUGUACCAUAGCUGUAAACUGUACCAUAAUUGUAUAUCUUUGUAAUUCUUGAUUUUUAUUGUUUACCGACUAAGCUCCGCCCACUUGUACCUCCCCAGUAGUGAACCCUAAGCAACGAUGACUGCUUAAGGCCGUGAACUGGGGACAGAGGCCGCGUGUAUGUGAGAUCUCAUUGGCCGUUAAGUCAGCAGUGGGCGGAGCUUUCUGUAGGUAUGUUGAUUAUUUUUAGCGUUUAAAUGGCGGCCAUCAACAGUGGAAGUUAGCUGUAGGGACGGUGGCCAUCAUCAGUGGAAGUUAGCUGUAGGGACGGUGGCCAUCAACAG